ACGCGUCACACUGUGUUCCUCCAAUCAGGAGCGCUUCCUGUCAGGACCGGAAAGAGGAUGAAAUGUUCGUGCUGAACCAGACAGAUUUGAUUCUUUAGCGAUAAUAUGUGUGUGAUGUAACGUUAAAUAUGUUUUUGCCUUAUAUUUGUGUCAUGACAUCAGAUUCAGACGCGACAAGAAGAGUUCAGUGAAACUAGCGAACAGGGUUUAAUAUGAUGGACCGGAGCUGGUUCACACCGAGCUGAAGCUAAAGUUAAAGCUAAAGCUAAUGUUGGAUUAAACACGGCUCGCUUCUCCUGAAGAGUGUUAAACAGCGACGCGUUCGAGAACCGCAGGAGAACCCGCCCUCAGAUGAGCACCGGACGCCGAAGCUGAAGCGGCUCGUGUGACGGUAAACACGCCGCAGCGACACCGGAUCCGCUCGGCGAUGAGUCCGCAGAAGAAGAUGAAGAAGCGGAAGGAGCUAAACGCGCUCAUCGGCCUCAGCGACAGCCGCAGGAAGAGCAAGCAGAGCAGCGGACACCGGCUGCUGCGGACCGGGACCGACACCGGCACCGAGAGCGAGGCCGAGUCCGGCGCAGAGGAGCGGGGCUUCGGCCGCGGCCUGCUCGGGACGAGCUCGCUGCGGUGCUGCUCGAUCUGUUACCCGCUGUGUGUGUUCGUGCUUCUGGCGGCGUGUGUCAUGGCCUGCGCUGGACUCAUCUGGAUGCAGAUCGCCCUCAAAGAGGACCUGGACUCCAUGAAGGAGAAGAUCCACAUCAUGGAGAGCAGUCAGAAGCUCUCAUCACACGAGAUCCUGAAGCUCAGUGAAGAUCUGAAGGACAAACAGAUGAAGCUGGACGAGCUGGAGAGCGGAGACAGAGGCCUGGCCAAACUCUGGUCCAACCUGAGCGAGAUCAAUCAGAAGCUCAGCACUCUGGAUUCUGCUGUGAAUCACCUGAAGACCAACAUCAAAUCCUCCUCUGAUCUGAUCACGCUGCCGCGGACGAUAGAGGAGCUGCAGAAGAGCGUGGCCUCCAUCGGUAGCACCGUCACCAGUGUCCAGCACGAUGUCUCUAUGAUUCAGUCUGUGGUGGAGGAGAGAAGGAAAGGAGAAGAUCGGCUGAAGGACAGCGCUAAUGGAGAGAAACCUGUGAACAGCAGCAGCUGUGUGACACUGAAACAGGAGCUGCAGCAUCUGGAGGACGGUGUGAAGGAUCUGAACAGCUCAGUGCUGCUGCAGGAGUCGAGGUCGAGCGAGCAGAUCCAGAGCGUGCGCUUCGUUCUGUCAGACCUGAGCAGACGGCUGUCAGCGCUGGACCAGAGCCAGUCCAGAGACACGCAGCAGCAGCAGCAGCAGCCGGCCGUGACCCAGACGCUCCAGACCGCAGGGUCCUCUCCGUCCCGUCGCCCCAGCUUUCUGUCCCGCAGACGUUAUAAACGAGCACUGACUCCCGGAGACGAGUCUGAGAGAGUCGACGAGCUCCAGCGGCGCAGGUCUCUGAGCUCUGAGGAGCAGGAGGCGCUGGACUCUGCUGAGGUCAGUCCUGAUCCACUGAUGCACUGAUGAGCUCAGUCACACAGCACCUGCUUCAUCUCAGAGAGACCCGUCAGGAACAGGCCAGCAAUCAUGCUUUACCUGAAGACAGUGAAGCCCGGUGUAAGAUGCUCUGCAUUGUGACGCUGUUUUAAUGAUUAAAAAGGCUUGUUUUAGCCUGAAUCUCAUUGCUGUAAUGACUAAAAUUAAUUGUGCUGGUUUUGGAUUUAAAUCAAUCUUUGUUUUCCAGAAUAAUGCAGUAGAUUGAUAUAUUCCUCUACUUGAGAGGAGCUCUAUGUGCUCAUUUUACAGCAAUUCAUGUCACAAUACAGACGGUCUCGAUAAAAACCGGCUUCGCUUUCUUUGACAAAUACUCCCAUGAUUCUCCGUGAGCUGUGACCUGAUUUCACAAGUUUCUUACAUAUUUAUCAGAAAUGAUUUGAAGUCUGUAUGAACUGAGGGAAAUGAAGAUUAAUUUAUGCUACAUUACUGUCAGAUCUAGCAAUAAUAUGAUCCAUACAAUUGCUUUUAGUAAAUAUGAUCAUCAGAUAUUAAUGACGUGCACUUGGCUGCUUGUCUUUUAUCCGGUUUAGUUUUUAAUGUAAAGUAGCGUUUGAGGGCACGUCUGAUCAGUAGAUCUGAGCUUGUGAAUGUUCACGUGUGUGUUUCUGUAUCUCUGGGUUCAGUGGGAAUCGUUUCUGCACUCCGCUCAAGGCUCUCUGGAAAUAAUCAUGUCUCACUAACUUUACUGUCACUUUAUGAAACCAGUUAAAAGCUGUACAUAUUGUAGAAUUGGACAUUUCUAUGUAACUAAUUUUAAGCAGUAGCGUGACUAGAUGAAAUGCAUCUGUACGUGUGAGUUUUGCAUGUUCCCUUGUAACAUGAAUAAAAGCUCUUUUAUUUAA